CAGCAUGGCUGCCACCGUUCGGCUUCCGAAGCAUGUUCUACUGUUUACCUUGCAGAGUUCCGCAUAUUCCGGGGUAGGAGGCUCAGGCUCCAGAUGCUGCCGCUGUCCUCUCGGAGCUAAAAGAUAUCUACUUACAGAUAAUGUUGUGAAAUUAAAAGAAUUUCAGCAUAAGAAGGUGGUUAUUGCCUAUCAUCUUCCUGGCACCAAAGAAACCUAUCUGAGAAAAAUGAAAGAGAAAUUGACCCAGAACAAGCUCAUCUUGAAAGACGAGUUGAAAACCUUGCUUCAUUUGUGUGAUUCCCGGGAUGACGUGGAACUGGCUAAAAGUGUCAUUUACAGGUACCAUGCAGAGAACAGAAAUGUCACUUUGGGAGAGUAUAAAUUUGGACCACUUUUCAUGAGGUUGUGCUACGAGUUGGGUCUUGAAGAAUCUGCACUGGAAUUCAUCAAAGACCAGCAUUUACGAGGUUUCUUCUCAGACGCCACAUCAUUCAAUAUUUUGAUGGAUAUGUUAUUUAUGAAAGGCAAAUAUACAAGUGCCCUGGAAGUGCUGAUAGAGAUGAAAAACCAAGAUGUGAAGUUCAGCAAAGACACCUAUGUCCUUGCUUUCGCGAUUUGCUACAAACUGAAUAGCCCUGAAUCUUUGAAGAUCUGUACGACAUUAAGAGAAGAAGCCAUAAUCAAAGGAGAAGUCCUCUCCAGGAGAGCAUCCUGUUUUGCUGUGGCACUAGCUCUGAAUCAGAACCAGGUGGCGAAAGCUAUAUCCACUUUUUCUCAAAUCAUGAAGCCAGAAAGCAUAAUCUGCACUAAUUUAAAUAUUUUGAUUCAUAUCCAGUCAAAUAUGUUGAAAACCCUGAUAAAGAUACUAAAGGAUGCUGCAGAGGGAAAUUUAUCACAAUUUGUGAAAAGACAAGAGUUCUCUGAAGAAGUGCUGGCCAAAGCAAGGAAAAAAGUGAAGGAUGUGCCUGCCCUUCUGGCCAAAUUUGAUGAGAUCUAUGGGAAACUCCACAUAAAUGGCCAGGUCACCACUUGCACUUUGGAUACUCUCCUCUGCCAUACCCCUGGGGACAGGAAAUCCCACAUGGUACUGUUAAAUAAGAGGACAGUCAGCCAUCGGAACUUCCAGCCUCUCAGCCAGUCCCUGUGGGCUGAAUAACCCUAUGUUCAAAUCACUCAUGGGUUUGAGUUGGAAGGGGGCUCCCAAUGAGUUAAUGGGUUCCUAAGAAAUCAGGAAUUGUACUCCAGUGGAUGCUGUAUUAACAAACACUUGGUCUUAAAUUUCUGAGUUGAUUGAGAACUGGCAUGCUGAUCUGAGAAGUUAAUGUUCUGCCACCGUGAAGACGUAGAGUCCAGCAGAGAGCUCCACAUCCUCAGAAAAGACACUUCCCCUGUAUAAACUUCUAAGGAUCCUUGAAGGAACAUGGCUUUGAUCUCCAAUCCAACUGCCAGUACCAACGUAGAACCCAGUAAGCACGAGUGGGAAGGGGGAAGUUGCCUUAAGUGGUCAACUCCAGUGAAUUUUCAGGGGAGUUACUUGUAGAUUAUACCCUUGCUGAAUUCAGGAGGUCUGAAACCUUAUUUUGCCACUGUGGGCAAUGGCCCAGGAUGUUCUCACUGCUUCUGUCAUCAUGUAUCUGUGACCCCUCAAUAAGAUGCUUGUGAAUCUGCAUAUUGACUUGAAAUUUUCAUUUAAGUUUCAUUAGGGUCAAACUUUAUCAAAGAUGAGAGAAAUAAAAGAUUCCUGAGAAGACA